CUGCAUCACAUGUGUUGCCGUCUAUUGUGUGGCAAACCAUCGAUGAAAACGUGAUUUUGUUGACAAUUCAUGCCAUUAUUGGACUCUUGAGGUAUUGUCUGCUAGUCUUGGGAAGCGAUGGACGACGAGGCGGACACUUAUAAGUUAUGGCGCAUUCGCAAGACUAUUAUGCAGUUGUGUCACGACAGGGGAUAUCUGGUCACUCAGGAGGAAUUGGAUCAGACACUGGACCAAUUCAAGGAGACAUACGGUGAUAAGCCCAGUGAGAGACAUCCGGCCAGAAGUGAUCUCAUAGUACUCGUGGCACACAAUGACGACCCAACAGAUCAGAUGUUUGUCUUCUUUCCGGAUGAGCCGAAGAUUGGCAUAAAGACAGUGAAGAACUAUUGCCAACGAAUGCAAGAGGAGAACAUAAGUCGCGCCAUAAUAGUGGUGCAGACAGGGAUGACCCCAUCGGCCAAACAGGCGCUCACAGAUAUGGCCCCCAAAUAUAUUUUGGAGCAAUUUCUUGAGUCGGAACUACUCAUCAAUAUCACCGAACAUGAGUUAGUUCCCGAACACGUGGUUCUGACGCCCGAAGAGAAGGCGGAACUGUUGGCUCGAUAUAAGCUGAAGGAGAACCAGUUGAUGCGGAUACAGGCCAGUGAUCCGGUGGCCCGUUAUUACGGACUCAAGAGGGGACAAGUGGUCAAAAUCAUUAGACCCUCGGAAACAGCCGGAAGAUAUAUAUCGUACCGAUUAGUGGUCUGAGUGUUGGCUCUGAUAUGACUGUGUUUUGGGUUCGUAUUAAACAUGAGAUAACAUAACAUCACAUAAUUAAUAUCAUAUUUUAAAUGUAUGUCCAAUUGUAUGCGUUUUGGUUCUCUGUGUCUCAUUAAGUGUAGGUCUGACUCCUGACUCGCAUCCAAACAUCUGCUUCAAAGCACAGCCAUAUCAGUGCACAGCACAGGAAGUUUAGGGCCAUCUCAUCGUUAUAUCUCAUCGUUUU